UCAGACAUACUCUAAUAGAGUAUGCUGCUGCUUACCUCGACCAUGCCAGUCUCACUAAUUUUGCCCUUGUCAACAAACAAUGCCAUAGCUUUUCGAGGAUACACUUGCACCGGACCGUGACCAUUACGUUUGCUUCACCAAAAACACUUGAACUUGCCGUCGAGCGAUGGCUCAGUGUGCUUGUGGAUACAGAUGGCUUCCGAUAUGUUCAGCAUGUCAAAUUUCUGGCGCAAAACUUUUGGCAACAUCCCUACACGGAGCAGUCCAACGACUGUGGAGACGAGCCAGUCGAACCUUGGAAAUAUUGCUUCGUAGACGGAAGGGAAUCCACACCUGUUCAACAAGAUGAAGAGUGGAACAGCCUCGCUUGUCUCAUUGAGAAGCUGUCCAGGUUACGGGAAUUGACAUGGGGUUGCGGAGAACAAAUACCCCCGCGUAUCUUGAGGUACAUCAAUCGCGAUCGACCUACACUUCGACUGCACAUGCGAAACUUUAGGAUGCGUUGUUUGUAUCGACCUGCAGCGGAGCCGAUAGUAUUGGAUCCCUACGAGGUGGAGCUGGCCAUCUCUGCUUGCCUGUACAGUCUGGCUAUGCAUUACGACACUCUGGACGAUCGUGGUUAUGCCAAUUAUGCCGAGGAUGCCAUCAAGGACAUGUUAGCCGGAGCAGCGCCAAAUUUAAGCAAGGUCGAUCUUUUCUGGGAAUUUAGUGGGAGCUCUCCGUGCUUUGUUCAAGCUCUUAGAGGCCCUAGCCAUCGGUAUCAACGUGGAAGCCUCCCCUCAUCCUCAACAUCUAUGGGAUUUCUGCGACAUCUCAAUAUCGUUGCCAGAGACUCGGCACUAGCGCUCAAAGAGUGGAGCACGGUCACAGACUUUCCCAAGCUGGAACAUCUCGAGUUGCACAACUACCUCGAAGUUGACGCAUUACUCUGGUUAUCGUCAUGUCAGCUUUCAAAACUCAAAAUUCUCACCUUAAACUUGGGUCUUGGUGACGUGUGUGAAUCGGUAACUGCCGCAUUGAACCAGCUAUCACUUGGACUAUCUCUUUUGGAGGCUUUCAAGAUCAGUGGACCGUACGAGAGCUCAACGAUAGAUACAGUACUUGAAAACCACGGCGUGCGUCUACGCCGAUUACUGCUACCACGUCCUAGUAUGGUGCCGGACGGACACCUGUCCGCAAAUACAGCUGGCUUUACAAGUGUUGAGUUCAUGCACAAGAUCCAUCGAGACUGUCCACAAAUAGAAGAGCUAGGUCUGUGUUUACUCAGGUCGCAAGGUGAUGUAAACGAAGUGGCCGUCUAUCGCGCUCUGGGGACCAUACCCUCUCUACGCAAACUACAUCUAUCACUCUAUAGUCGGCAAGCUUUUACUUUCAGUUCCGAGUCUUGCAGACAAUUCCACAAUCCCCGGGGGAUCGAGAAAGUCAUGAGUCAGGAGGAGAGUACCCAACUCGGGGGGGCUCUGAUUGACUUUGCCGUUGACGCGAAUCUCGCAAGAUCAAUCUUUCACACUAUCUCGGCCGCGAAGCCAGCGAUUUCGCAGCCUCUAGAGUGUCUCACCCUAUCUGUCGAUGGAGCAAAGGAAUGCGGUGGUUUUGGUGCCUCACACUUGACUGAUGUGCUAUCCUACAUUGGUCGCUCUUGGUAUUGUACCAGGAAUACGAGAGACGACAAACUACAUGAAUGCUUUGUCACAGAGCGAGAUCCAGAAGAAAAGCUGGACCGGGAAUGGAUGGACGAGCACGAUAAAGAUCCUAUGCUGGAAGGCGUUGUGUUUGCACAGAGUGUCCGUCGCUUGUGGCCUGCUGCAAAGACGAAGGAUUGGAAAAAGGUAUGGCAUAGUUUCGAAAUCGACCUUUCUUGAACUUGUUGGAGCCCUCGAAAACUUGACUGCAAAGAU